AUGACAACAAAGUGAGAAUAGAUUCAGUAGUUUUUAGAAUCGGAGAAGGGUAGUCCAAUCUAAUUUAUAGUGUAGUACGAACAAUUCGCAAAGUUUCGUUUCGUUUCGUUUAUAUUGUUUUUGUUUUUGUUUUUGUUUCGGUUUUCAUUUUCUUUUCCCGAUUUGAUUUGAUUCGAUUCCGAUUCCUAUUCAGAUUCGAAUUCAGAUUUAAUUCGUUUUGUAUACAAAUAAGGUGCAGAUCACACGAGGAGAACAUUUGCACAACUUGAGAUUAGGAAACGCCGCUGAAACUAAUAAUAAACGAAGGCGAAAAUGGGAAGCCGUUGCCAAACUCAUCAGUUCAAUCCCAGGAACUGUUGCCUGUUUUACCUGUUGCUGCUUGCAACCGUGACCCACGGCAUUGAAUAUACGGUGCCCGAUGUGUUUGGUACUAUUACGAAUGUGGGUUCCAGCAUCAUCAGUCCAAAGCUAUUGCCAACGCCGCAGGGCCUGCUCGAGGGAAGCAAGAAUCUUAUAGCCGGCUAUCCCCUUGAGUAUGUCUCUAGCUCCAUCAACUAUCUGUGCUCGCAGGCGCUAAGUUCAAACAAGAUCAGGUCAAAAUUCACACCGGACAUUAAACAGAUGAAUUUUCAGUUGCGUACCCACUGCGGCAAAACUGAUUUUCCACUGCUUCAAGCUGAAACUAUGUGGCACAGUCCACAAUUUGAUAAAAAUAAAAAUGUUGUCAUACUUGCUACCGGCUGGACGACCACCAUCAAUGAUACGGAUACUAUUGAGGAAUUUGCCAAGGCCUACAAUUGUCGCGGAGAUGUUAAUUUUGUGGCUGUGGAUGCUGCCAAAUACGUGGAUACCCUGUACACGUGGUCAGCUUUCAACACGGAUGACCUUGGCGAGAGCAUUGCACGGGGGCUGGUGAAGUUGUUGGAUGUGGUCAGUGUUGAAAAAAUACAUUUAAUCGGUCAUAGUCUUGGAGCGCAUAUUGUGGGUGCGGCUGGUCGCUAUCUGCAGAUGUAUAGCGGGAAAACAGUACCACGCAUCACCGGGCUUGAUCCGGCCAAGCCGUGCUUCAACGAGGGCGAAGUUCUGUCGGGCUUGCAACGCGGAGAUGCACUCUUCGUUGAUGUGAUACACAGCAAUCCGGGUGUGCUUGGAAAACGAGAUCCUAUGGGCGAUGUGGACUUUUAUCCGGGCGGUACUGAUCCCUUGAAACCUGGCUGCCUGACGGUGCCGUGUGCACACUCUCGCGCCUGGGAAUACUUCGCGGAGACAAUAUAUCCAGGCAACGAGCGCAACUUUAUGGCCACACGUUGCGGUUCGCUGACGAAGCUGCGCGAUGGCCUUUGUCCUGGCCAGCAAUUUCCCAUGGGCUGGGCCGUGCCGCACACCCUUAAGGGCAGCUACUUCCUCGAAGUCAAUGCCAACAAGCCCUAUGGCAAGCAGUCAUCUGGAGUACGUGCACCACGGCUCGCUAAUUGCGGACUCUGCUAAAGGAAACAGAGGCAUCAUUUUAUUUUUUUUGUCCAAUGCACUUCAAAUUGGAGUUGGAUUGUAAUAUCAAAUUUACAUUACUUACAAACUAAUGCUUAAGAUGAUAUAAUACAUGGCGAUGGAUGUUUCGAAACCCAAUAGCAAUCCGAUUAUCCGAUUGGAAGUUAUUACGUAUCGACAUGCUUAAUCCAAAUAUAAAUUCACAUACAUACACACAAUUAUAUUAAA